AUGGAGAUGAAGAUCAAAAUGACCUUCACGGAGCUAUGCCAAGGCCUGCCAGAGGAGUUCGCAACAUUCCUCAGCUAUGCCCGGCAUCUGGCUUUCGAUGAAGAUCCUGAUUACAGAUACAUGCGCUGGCUCUUCAAGAGUUUGUACCAUCGCGAGGGCUUUCGCAAUGAUGGUUGCUUCGACUGGAACGUUGUGAGGGCCCGGCCACCCUCGGAGGUGGCAGAGCGUCGUGAGGCAAGACUUCGGAAAAUGAGCGUGGUGGCGAGCCAGCCUUCGGACCGUGCUGCGGAUGACGUCGUCCUCUCUUUUCGUUCGAGAGGCGGUCGUGCCUGGCAGUGCACCGACGAACAUCGUUGUGCAACUGCCAGGUACUUCGAGAUCCAAGACGAGUCUUCGCAGAUCAUUUCUGCCCAGGUCGAUGCGAAGCCUGGAGACAUGGUGAUGGACUACUGUGCUGGGAGCGGUGGCAAGGCGCUUUGCAUUGCUCCGCCAAUGCUCAAUCGAGGGCAAGUGGCCCGUAGCCUGUGCCGCAAUGUUCCUCGCCCCAGUGUUCGAGUAGUCGCAGCUCCAGUAUGGGUGCACAUUGCUGCCGGCAAGAUGCACCACUUCUUCCGGGAGAGCCAACAGAUUUGGAUUCUCCCAGAUUUGGGGAUGGACCAUCGCUGA